GAGAUUGAACCCAUGUUUUCUUGCACCACCGCCCACCUAUAAUAAUGUCAUAAAAAACAUUUGAGUUCUAAUUAUGUGAACAACAAAUCAAUACGAUAUAUGAAGUCUUGAUACUUUAAUGUUGAACAUAACUUUGGAAUAAAGAUGGAUUUUUUUUUUCCCCCACUUUUGACCAGUUCCUUCCCUGUGGCACAUCACUUCAUGCCGUUGCACUCAGCAGUGUGGUUAUGUGUGGGUAAUCUGGCCUAAAGCAUAUACUGUACUGUCUACUCAUCCACCCUGACCUUAAAAUGUGAGCUUCUUACUCAUCCACCUUCACUUCACACGUUGUCAACCUUUUUCGUGAAAGAAUCUUCAUUUUAACUGUACAUGACCUCAAUUUCUUCUCUCGAGAAAUAUGUAACAUAAGUUAUCGCUCUUCUCCUGUUAUGGCGUGUGGUGUUCAAAUUUAUCAGUCACAGAAAUUGUUAAGCAUAGUAACUGGUAAUAUUUCUUUGUAAAUGUGGUCGUGCUUACCGAGGUGACCUGAUAAAGGCAGGAAUGUGGUCUUGUUUGCAAAACAAAUGUUAUCACACGCGGAUGUCCUUGCCUUACCUGCGAGCAAGGCCUACUUAAGAGAAACAGGAAUGUUGGGUGUUGGCUAUAUCCGCCUGCGGGAGCAGAGUACUGACACAGCUGUUGUGCCGCCUACAAAUGCAUUACGCAUGAACCUUUUAAAAUAAAAAAGGGCGACAGGGAACGAUCGGGGAGACAUCCAGUUGUUCUGGGCUCUCCCAUCCGCCGACGUUGUCCUGAAAAGUCUUUGUGUGUCCGAGUGUUUUGCGUUAAGGUGAAGAGGACUCCUGCGGCUGAUCGGUUCCGGGUGGAGAGAGAAAUUUCUUCCACAGGUUCCCUGUGGUCUUUAUGCUUGGUAGAACCCAGGUUGCGGUGAUGGGAAACUGCUCCAACACCCUGGGAAUCCCACCCGGAAAAGGGCCUCAUCAAGUGGGCUGUGCCGACCUCAUGGUUGACCACACUGUCCAGGGGAGUUUUUUUCGGCUUUAUUAUCCAUGUGAACCGUCACCAAGUUCUGAGAAGCCCUGCUGGAUCCCAAGUCAGGAAUACUUUGACGGACUUGCCGAUUUCAUGAAGAUUAACAGAUCCUUUGCUGAAAGGAUUUUUAACUAUCUCUAUGGGUCAUAUAGAAUACCUGCCUUUUGGGAGGCACCGUUCAAGUCAAAUGGGAAGUACCCUUUGGUUAUCUUCUCCCAUGGACUUGGUGCUUUUCGAACCUUGUAUUCAGCAAUAUGUGCAGAACUUGCCUCCAGAGGAUUCGUAGUUGCUUCAGUGGAGCACAGGGAUGAAUCAGGUUCUGCGACGUUCUAUUUUAAAGAGAAUUCGCAGAUGCAGCAGCAAGCACAUCAAGCAGAUACUAAAAACUCGAAACCGGUUCAGGAGAACCUGGAAAAAGUCUGGAUGUAUUACAGAGCACUGAAACCGGGGGAAGAAGAAUUCUCCCUUCGCAAUAACCAGGUUCAACAGAGAGCGAACGAGUGCAUUAGAGCACUGAAAAUACUCGACGAAAUCAACUCGGGAAAAUCUGUCACCAACGUCUUACAAUCGGAGUUUGACUGGUCUUCCUUAAAGAACUCUCUGGACCUGUGUAAAACCGCUGUGAUGGGACAUUCUUUCGGAGGCGCCACCGUCAUUGAAACACUUUGCAAGGAGCUCACUUUCAAAUGUGGAGUUGCUUUGGACACCUGGAUGGUCCCCCUGAAGGAAGAAAUCUUCCCCAACGUGAAGCAGCCGAUCUUGUUCAUUAACUCUGAGAAGUUCCAGUGGGCGGGAAAUAUCAUCCGUAUGCGAAAACUUGACUCCGCCUCCAUACAGAGAAAAAUGAUAACAAUCAGGGGGACCGUUCACCAGAGCUUUCCAGAUUUCACCUUCCUUACGGGCAACUGGAUUGGGAAGGUUUUAAAGUUGAAGGGGGACAUUGACCCCCACCUAGCGAUGGAUCUUUCUAAUAAGGCAUCCUUAGCAUUCCUCCAGAGGCACCUCUCUCUGGAUAAAGACUUCAAUCAGUGGGACCCACUGAUUGACGGGAAGGACGAGAAUCUCAUUCCAGGAACCAAUAUCCACGUGCCUUCGUCGUCAAUGUGAUGAGCGACCUUCCCGUGAAGCACUGGUGCUAUAGUAUGUGGAGAGAAAGUCUUCCACACCCAUUUUUCAUACCUUACCUUGUUGCUCUUAUGCACGUUACCUUGGGGGCAAAACUGUCACUGGACCAUCGCUCACCGCCCUGCACCAUCAAUGUUUUACCAGUUCUAAAAUGUGAAUCAUGGACUGCAAAGGCUGAUAAUCCUCAUUAAAUUCCAGGCAACACACCUUGCAACUCUUCAGUACUUUUGAGAAAUACAAAAAAAAAUGCAAGUACUGUUUAAAACAAGAUGGAAUUGCAUAAGAAAAGUUUGAAGUCAAUAGUUUUCAAAACAAUUAUUUGGGUGCUUUCAACACUAGUUUUUUUCCUUUUCAAGCCCCUGCAAUAGAAGGUAUAUCCAUGCAUCUCUUGCCGUUUGAGUUCAGGUUACUACAGCAUAAUGCACAAUGAAUUCCCAUGUCUUUUAUAUGAAACCAUGUUAUUGUCUGAAAUCUUUAUAUUCACACUACAGUAUUUUCAUGUACACCUUACUGCUCUGCUUUAAUGACCAUUAAUGUUUCUGCUCUAAGACAACUUUACAUUUCUAUCAGUCUUCAAAACUAAAAACUCCUUUUGAAAAUGAAGUGUUUAACAGUCAUGUAAUUUAUAUCUAGACCUAUGUAGACCAUGUUCUGACAAUAUUGACAUUAAAAUGGGGAAAAAAAAAAAAAAAAAAAAAA